AUCUCAGUAAGCGCUCUAACGCUGAACACAGGGGUUGUGAAAGCAUCCUGUCAAAAGUCUGGUACCUAGAGACUCAUAUCAUCUUUCCAUAGUUUCAGUACUACCCAUGGAAGAAAUAAAUGAAACUUCAAAAAUACAAUUCUUCUUUCAUCCACUCUCAGCUGACCCUAAGGUACAGUUGGUGAUUUCUGCGGCCUUCCUGGUGAUGUACCUGACCAGUCUCAGUGGGAAUGCCACAGCUGCCGUCAUUGUCCAGGUAAACCGUGCCCUCCACACUCCCAUGUAUUUCUUCCUGGCCAAUCUGGCGGUGCUGGAGAUCUUUUACUCUUCCACUGUUGCCCCUCUGGCUUUGGUCAACCUCCUGACCAUGGGGAGAAUACCCAUCUCUUUAUCUGGCUGCGGUACACAGAUGUUCUUCUUUGUCUUCCUGGGCUGUGCUGACUGUAUCCUCUUGGGGAUCAUGGCUUACGAUCGGUUUGUAGCUAUCCGGGACCCCUUGCGCUACACCCUCAUCAUGAGGUGGCAGCUGUGUGCCCAGCUGGCUACCGGAGCCUUGGUCCUUGGCUUCCUUCUAGCCUUACAACUCACAGCUCUGAUUUUCCACCUGCCGUUUUGUGGCCACAACAGAAUCACUCACUUCUACUGUGAUGUACUCCCGAUCUUGCGGUUGGCAUGCGGGGAUACUAGAAUGCCAGAAGCCAUGAUCUUCAUCGUCAGUGUCAUCACCCUUACCAUUCCCUUCUCCCUCAUCUCCAUCUCAUACAUCUUCAUUGUCGCUGCCAUUUUGAAGAUCCGCUCAGCCGAGGGUCGACACAAGGCCUUCUCCACCUGCUCUUCUCAUCUGACUGUGGUUCUCCUCCAAUACGGCUGCUGUAGCCUUAUCUACUUACGCCCCAGCUCUAGCUACAACCCAGAAAUGGGCCGUGUGGUUUCUGUUGUCUACACCUUCGUCACCCCUGUGUUGAACCCUUUGAUCUACAGUAUGAGAAACAAGGAGCUGAAAGAUGCACUAAAUCGGGUGAUGAAAAGACAUUUACUGUGCUAGGAAAGGUGGGAGUUUCUGGGCUCAUGUAAACGGCAGGAAAUAAUUCUUCGGAAAACUGUGAACUCAGGGAUUAGACGACCUACACAUUUGGAGAAUUGGAUUUACUCCUUCCUCAUGCCUCAGUUCCUAUUUCUGGCUCCCAUGUAUAGUGUGUGCUUCUGAAAGUUAAGAUACUGACAUUUAAAAUGGGAGUGAUUUAACUCUUAAUGGAGAAGUAUUUCUUCUUUUCACUGAUUCCUCGCUGGUGCCUAGCUACACAGAUACACAAUGCAUAUUAAUCAAAUUACUGAAUAUACUCAAGUGAUAGCAAAGAACAUUCCUGUUUCUUUGUUUUCUCUCACAGUGCUAUAACAGAGAUUUGCACAUACUGGACAUUCAAUUAAUAUUUGUAGAAUAACUGAAAGAGGUUUCAUCUAAGAGCAAUAAUGAUUCAAGUUUUCAUUCAUAUACUCUUAUUUUUCUCCUUUCUAUUGACUGAGUCUUGGGUAAUGUUUUUUCUGAGACCAAUCUGUGUUGAGAAGUUGUAAAAACAUAAUACAUAAAUCUCUGAUAUGUAUUGUCAUUUUUUAAAAUGUAUUUGAUGAUGCUUCAGAAUUAGAAAAU